CGCCCCAACAUGGCGCCCUCCCCGCCUCAGCCGUCGGCGCCAAGAUGGCGGCGGCGGUGCGCGAGGAAGACUUCGUCGCCCUGCAGAGCCUGCUGAAGGCGUCGUCGAAGGACGCAGUGCGGCAGCUGUGCCAGGAGUGCUUCUCCUGCCCGCCCGGCCGCCUCGGCCCGCUGGCGCAGCGCGCCUGCCCCGCCAUCGCCGGCAGCCCCGAGGAGGCCGCGCAGUUGGUGUCCGCCCUGCACAGCCUCACCCGGCACGUCGUGUUCCGCGGCUUGACGGGGGCCGAGGACAUCCUCGCUCUGUUUCCAGAAAACUUCCACCAAAACCUGAAGAACCUUUUAACUAAAAUAAUCUUGGAGAAUGCUUCUGCUUGGAGAAACGAGGCACAAGCAAGUCAGAUCUCCCUGCCUCGGCUGGUUGACAUGGACUGGAGGGUAGACAUCAAGACAUCUUCAGACACCAUCAACAGAAUGGCAGUCCCUACUUGCCUGCUACAGUUAAAGAUUCAGGAAGAUGCUGCCUUAUGUAGAAAUAGUCCUGUUGUUUCUGCACUGACUGUGGAACUGAGUAAAGAAACCCUGGAUACCAUGUUAGAAGGUCUAGGAAGAAUCCGGGACCAACUUUCUGCUGUUGCAAACAAAUGAAAACCCAGUAAUGUGAAUUCCAGCAGCCAGGAAGGGAAAUAUUCUGUGCCCACAACUCUCCUAAGUUGCAGCUUACAUAAAGUUUUAUGUAUUAACCAAACAUAAUUAAAAAGAUUUAUUUUUUGAGUUAACUAUAUAGCUUUUCAAAAGCUAACAUUUAAACAUUCCUUUGGCCUGGUGCCACAAAGUGUUUUCAUAAUGUUGUUGAAAAAAAAAAAACAAACAAAAAAAAUAACAGUUCUCUAUUUCAGAAAAAGGUAUAAGGGCUCAGAGCUUGGUUUAAUCACAAGGGUCGUAAUUGGAAAUGGCAAAUAGCACUUGCAUCAUUGGCUGCAGCUAUCUCCCUGCCCAGAAAUUAGGAUCUAAAAGGUUCAAGCUGGUUAAUGGGCUGCCUUCCAGCAUUAGCAGACAAGGAGGGUACUUCUCCCUGUAAUGUGUGUGUACUGAGGUGCAUGCUAGAUGUAGUGCUCUCCUUCUCAAUGAAGCACAGCCAUGCUGCAGAUUGUUAUUACAGGAUAAUGCUUUGAAAUGGGGCAAUUAUGCUACAACACAUUCCCUUCUGAUCAGCUUCAUAGCACCAUUUGCAAAAUGACUACUCUGAACAUCUUUAGCAGCAAACAAUUUCCUCCUUCUGUUUGAAAAGAAAAAAGGAGUUCAUAUAAUUAAUGUUCGUGUUUAUUAGACUUUGGACUUUGCGGAAAAUGCAGACUAGAGAAGUUAAGAAUGGAUAGUCUUUGUGCUGCCUUUCUACAGUAAAUGGUGCCUGUACUUCUCCAAAGCAUUCUGAUGUUUGUAUAAAUCUUUAUUUAAUUAAAAAAUGAACUGUUAAUUGAA